AUGUGGGAGGGGUUGGGUUUUGCCCGUGGGCGAGUUUUUCCCUUGGGCGGUUUGGUAGUCGAGCGGGUUGGCUUUGCUUGGAGGGGUGGAGUGGGGAGGCUUGGAUAUAUGGCCAUGACCAGGUUCGCGUUCGUGUCCGUGUCCGUGUCCGUGUCCGGUGAGAUUAUGGACGAGUUUGCUCCGUCAGCGAAGCGAACUGGGUAUCAUUUCGUGAGACGCGCUGGCGUGGAGAAGAUGGGAUUGAGACGGGCGCUGCAUAUCCACGCGACGAGAAGAGCAGAGGAGAGAAGCGUUGGUCUGCAUUCUCCUCCACCCUACACAGAGAAGUAA